AUGUCUGCUGAUUUCUCCUUCCUCGAGACAUAUAUCGUUUCUCAGGCUCCUACUCAAUCCUUUGCCUUUCUCCUACAAUUUACAAGUGGAGUUAAGCUCACGCAGGCUUUCGGAGAUCCAGCACAACCUCUCAACUUCAUUGGGCCGGAGAUGUGUUCUAGUCCUUCGUCUUCUCGUACUGAAUCUGUCUCUAUCGACGACAUGAUUUCCUUGCCCUGGGAUAAGUCCGGAGUUUUGCCCCUGACGAGUGGCCGGAAUGCAAUAUCUUCAGGGUGUCAGACAGUCGAUGGCACCUCUUUUCCCUCGACGACACACGGGACGAUUUCCCUGAACCCUGUCAACAAAAGUAUCCUGGUUGAGAAGUCACGGCAGAUCCUGGCCGGUUUGAAGCACCUGAAGGAUCUCAGUGGCUCGUGUAAGUGCCACUACACCGAGUCGCGAGACACUAUCGCGGCGGACUUCUUCUCUGCAUUUCGUUUGUCAUCUCACCUCGACCACUAUUGGUCAAACUGGCACCCCAACCUGCCCAUCAUCCACCGUCCAUGGUUCAACGUGCUGUCCGCACCAAGCUGUCUCCUGGCAUCAAUGGCGAUCAUGGGUGGCCGUUACUCAGCUAAUAGCCGAGAUCAGGCAGAAAGCAGAGCUUUGUUCAAUGAUGUUGAGGAGCUGGUCUUUCACGAACUGAGCACCGUCAUAAGCCACUUGGCCAAGAUCAGCCAUCUGACAAACAAUCUGCAGCCACAACGCCAACAUGUGCAGGCCUUGCAAGCGGCAUACAUUGUCUUGGUCUACCAAAGUUGGGAUGGAAGUGUUGCAGAUCGACACAAGGCCCGUAGGCAUCGUUUCUCACAGAUGAUUGAAACCAUGCAACUGCUUGGGAUCGGCAAAGCAAAACACAGGGAUUAUCGUUGCACAUCAGUGGACGAGUUCGACUGGCUGCAGUUUGUUGAGAUGGAGGAAUUGACCAGGAUAUUCGUGUGGUGCUCUCUCAUUGAUGCAGCUUUUGUCACGUUCUAUAACAUAGCGCCACGACUUGGCCUAAGAGAGUUGAGGAUGGGACUGCCUAGUCCAGAAACGUGCUUCGAGGCGACCUCGUCGGAAACGUGUCUGUUCGAGCUACAGAAGUGGCAGUAUCAGGUUGACUUCGACGCGGAGACAACGCUUUACGACUUUCUCAAGAGUUUCUGCGGAGCCGAGAUGGAUUUUGCAACCCAGCUUCGUGUAGCAUCUCACAGCACCAUCAGUCUGUUCUGCAUCGCAUCUGGUGCGUAUUCUUUGUCCCCUUUGCUCGUUUCCAUUGAUCCUUACUGCGAAGCAGCUUUCCACGUCAUGCUCUUCAACUCGGACCCCGAAAUUGGGGCGCUCUCACAGUACGAUCCAAUACUCACAGGUCUCUCCAACUGGCGCGCUGUGUGGAAUCGCAAGUCGAUGCUAUCAGGGGAACAGAUCUCACAGCAGGCAAUUGGGGUGACGUCUCACGAUGCAACGCGGACUGGGUUCUGGAACUACUGCCCAGAAUACUGGUUGCUGGCACACGUUAUCGUCAAAGAGAUCAUCAAGACUAAAUCGGUCAACAGCAACGGGCGACCAAUGCUUGCAGGAGCGUCCUCAGCGGUGUCAGGAUAUGAUGAGAUGACUCAGGGCAAGCUUCAUGAUUUCAUCCAAUCAUAUCAAUGCGGGAGUCUGGCGUUAUGA